UAUCAUACCUGCCCUACUUACUACGAUCAACAAAUAUGUGGUCGAGAACAGUGGAAACCAAUCUCGAGGAGGGCAAGCCACCCGAAAACACUACCGACCAGGAACCGCAACAGCAAUACUUUCGCUUCUCACCACCAACCGACCAUAGAGGUACCAUCUCUGGCGAAGAGUGCUGCUCAUUAGCUUCCUCAUCAUCAUCCUCCUCCUCCGUUUUGAGCAAAAUCGAGGACAUAGAAGACUCCUCUGACUACCCCAACGGCGGCCUCCUAGCCUGGUCGCAAGUCCUCGUCGCCAUGCUCGUCAACAUGCUCGCCUGGGGCUACCCGGCCACCUUCGGCGUUUAUCAGCUCUAUUACGUCGACACGCUGCGGCUGCCCUCGUCCCAAGUCUCUUGGAUUGGCUCGGCCCAGACCUUCCUCGCCCUCGCCACCUGCACGCUCUCCGGCCGGCUGGCUGACGCGGGGCACAUCAAGUGGACCAUGACCGCUGGGUGUGGGAUGGUGGUUUUCGGCACCUUUAUGACGAGCCUGUGCGGCGGAGGCGAGCCCGGCGAGAACGACAAGUAUUGGCAGAUCUUCCUGGCCCAAGGGAUUUGUACGGGGUUCGGGUUGGGCAUCUGCUUCAUGCCACCGCUGUCGGUGGUGAACUCGUACUUUAGCAAGGAGAAGCGGUCGUUCGCCUUGGCGGUGUCGGCGACAGGGACCGGGCUCGGAAGCAUAGUGUUCCCGGCUAUUAUACAAUACCUAACCCCCAAGUUCGGGUUUGCGUGGGCGGUGCGCUGCCAGGCCUUUGUGGCGCUGAUGAUCUCCGUGAUUGCUGUUGCCCUUGUUAGGCCGAGGCUGGAGCCCAGACGGAGCGGACCUUUGGUUGAGUGGAAAGCGUUCAAGGAGGUGCCGUAUAGACUGUUUGUGGUGGGCGCGUUUUUGUUCUUUUAUGCCAUCUUCUUUGGGUUCUUUUUUAUCAACGUCUACGCCCGCAACAUCGUCCACUUCCCAACCACUUCAUCCGUCCACCUGCUGAUCAUAGCCAACGGCGUAUCGGUUCUCGGCCGCCCUCUGGCCGGCUACAUAGCCGACCGUCACAUCGGCGCCAUCAACACCUUCUGCAUCGGCACCUGCAUCUUGUCCGUCGUGCUCUUCUCCUGGAUGGGCGUUCACACGCGCGCGGGCAUGUACGUCUUCUCUGCCUUCCUCGGGCUGUCCACCGGCGCGGCCCAGGGCAUCUACAACGGUGCCAUGUCCAACUUGACCAAGGACCCGCGUAGGUUCGGGACGAGGUUCGGCAUGAUCAACACGACUGUGGCGUUUGCCGCGCUGGCGGGGCCGCCGACGGCGGGUGCAAUCAUCGAUCAUGAUGGCGGGCGAUAUAAAUGGGCGCAGGUGUGGGCGGGCACGGUGGUGUUGCAUGCGAGCAUGAUCUUCAUGGCUGUUAGAAUUUCAAUCAGUGGGUGGAAGCUUAAGAUGAAGGUGUGAGGCAUUCGUCUAAGAAAACCACACUAUAUUAUCGUCCAAAACCUCGUAUCCCAAAGUCGGUAGCGCAUAUCCCACAUACCAAAGAGGUUUUCUUUUCGACAAUACUUCUUCCCACCCUAUUAUCAGCGAGUUCUUUCCCAAUUGCAUUCAUAGUGCCGUCUUUGCAACUGGCUCUCAAAGACUGUAUUUGAAGGCUCUCCACAAAAAACUGAGACUCUGAAACUUCCAUGG